GUGAGCCGCCAUCGGACUCUGCCUUUGGUGGAGGAGCUUGACCAGCGUUACUUUAGCAUCAUUGACAGUAAAGUGCGGAGGCUUAUGUCCAUUCCCAAAGGCAACUCUGCACUGUGUCGGGUGAUGGAGGAAAUGUACUAUCACCACAUCUACCACAUGGUGGAUGAAGGCAGCACGCUCACCCUGUCUGAAAUUCGUCACAUACUGGAGACGCGCUAUGCCGUACCUGGGAAGAGUCUGCAGGAGCAGAACGAGGCUGUGGGCAUAGAUGCUGCCAUGAAGUUCAUGAACACCACACUGUUGUCCACGUCUGCAGCCAUCACUGUCAGUGACAUCCUGGAGAUUCACCGGUGUGUUCUUGGUUACGUGGACCCCAUGGAGGGAG